GCCGAAUGUAACAUAUACCUGAAGCUUGCGCAUGCGCAAUUGUAGUUGUUUACAUUCCUGUCGGAGCAAUACGAAAGAAAUAUGGCUUCCACCAAAAAAUCAUACCUGUUUGUGGCAGCUAUAGACUUCGGCACUACCUACUCGGGGUACGCAUUCUCCAGCAAGGACGAAUUCGAUAACGACCCACUCAAAAUCAAAAGCAAUGUUUGGAACUCGGGAACGUUGAUGUCCUACAAGGCUCCGACAGCACUUCUCCUUAAUCCAGAUAAAACCUUCAACUCAUUCGGGUACGAGGCUGAGACUAUGAUGGCAGAUGAAGGCGGUGACCUUCAGGACUAUUUUUACUUCCACAGAUUUAAGAUGGUACUCCAUAAUAAUAAGAACCUUCAGCGUGCCACCAUGAUCAAAGACGAGUCCGGGAAGCCGUUUCCAGCCUUAGAUGUGUUCGGACUCUCGAUCGCUUUUCUGAAACGUCACUUGGUGGAAGCAAUCAAGAAGCAGUUCGACGGCAUAGUGGAUAGUGAUAUCAAAUACGUUCUGACUGUGCCAGCGAUCUGGGACGACAACUCAAAGCAGUUUAUGAGGGAAGCAGCACGCAAGGGUGGUAUACGUGAGGAACAUCUUAUGAUAGCCCUUGAGCCAGAGGCAGCUUCAAUCUACUGCCAACAUGUGCCAGUGGAAAAAUCCACAAGCAGCUUCCUCCAGUGUGCCAGAUCAGGUCUAGCCUACAUGGUUGUUGAUUUGGGCGGUGGUACCGCAGACAUCACAGUACAUCAACGUCAACCCGAUAAGACGCUAAAGGAACUGCACGCGGCCACAGGAGGGGCUUUCGGCGGAAAAUCCGUUGAUGACGCAUUCGGAGCAUUUCUAGAGGAAAUAGUAGGAGCAGAAAAUAUUCAAGCGAUGAAAGAAAAGCAUAUGGAUGAUUAUGUUCACCUUUUGCGAGAAUUCGAAAUGAAGAAACGGAAGAUCACUGAAGAGACUCCUGCCAAAGUGACGAUGACCAUACCUUUCGCGCUCGUGGAACUUCUUCAAGAAGAUAAAAUGAGAAAAAGCAUUGACGAUGCUGUGAAGAAAUCAAGAUUUUCCUCAACUGUCACAAGUGGUCGACAGAAAAUACAAAUAAUGAACGCAGAAUUUAGAAAGUUUUUUAGGCCAACGAUUGACGGUAUCAUCAGUCAUAUGGAGGAAAUACUAUACGACCGGAGGUUCAUGGAUGUGAAAUAUAUUUUGAUGGUUGGUGGAUUUUCAGAUUGUAUACUUGUGCAGAACGCCAUUCGCCACAGGUUCACAGAAAAAGUCGUCAUAGUCCCAGAUGAUGCAGGAUUGGCCGUUUUGAAGGGAGCCGUUCUGUUCGGACACGUACCCCGAUCCAUCAGCAGCAGGGUGGCACGGUUUACGUACGGUAUCCAGAGCUGGCCUGUGUUUGAACCACGUAGGCAUCCAGCUGACAAGAAGAUCAUGAUCAAUGGCGUAGCUCGGUGUAGAGAUGGUUUCUUCAAGUACAUCGAAAUAGGUCAACAGGUUACACGGGGACAUUCGGAGUCGCAGGUGUUCCAGGCUCUGAAGCCAGACGAAGAGUGCUUAGAAUGUUCCGUGUAUGUGUCCUCAAAACGGGACCCCGACUUUGUAGACGAAGAAGGAUGCCGACCCCUAGGCGUUCUCAAAGUACCACUGGACUCCAACAGGCGGGGACCAGCCGAGGUUGAGGAGACACUUGUAUUUGGGGAGACUGAACUGCACGUUCGAGCAAGGGAUAUAUCAACUGGGAAAAUGUACGAAGCCAGCUUUGAUUUUUUGGGCGAUGGUAUUUAGGGUGUACAGUGGAACUGGAGUAGAACUAUAGUGCACUGUCAGAGGGUACCCAGAAGAUGACACCAAAGAGAUACUUCAGACUACAGCAGAAGUCUAGCUACUUAUAUAGACACCGCUUGGAGGAUUCAUGAGACUGGUCAGGUCCAGUGCAACUACGCGGGCUGCUUAACAGAUACCAAUGUAUACAGAACACUCAAAACUAAGACAUCACGUGAUACCACAUAGGGUACGCCCACAUCGGAACAAACGUGAUUCAACACUGCCUGACACCAUCAGAUUUAUCUGAGGAAUGUCAAAGUCUUAAACUGAAGUUGAUGUACAAAACUAAAGUUAUUGUGGUCAAUAAUAAUUUGGUAAAUUGCAUUUUAUAUUUAAAUCCGAGAUGUAAUUUGAAAGUUGAUAUAACAAGGUCGUUAAAGUCACAUACUUGUAA